GUCUUCCGAUACCUGCACACGUAUCCACCCAUUUUCCCAUCCCCAUCGAGUGUCCCUCUCAAGCCAGCCAUCCUGCCCACGUCACCUUGACGGACGACACUUGGGGCUGCCCUCGCGAUUACAAAAAGGGGAAAGAAGACGCAUCGUCGGUCCGAGCGGGAACAGAGCGCAGAGAACGAAUCGCCGCCAAAAUGAGUGCCGCCAUCACCAAUAUGGCGCUGAUGUUCGGCGCGAUGCAGGUGGCCAAGAAGAUCCCAUUCGACGACAAUCCGGAGAUUGUGGUGUACGCGCGGCUCGGCUACGUGAGCGCGCAGCUGCUGUGUCUCGGCGUGUUCUACUACUGCUCGAUCCGUGUCAAGCGUGCCAACGACCUGACGGUGCUCAAGUACGUCGAGCCGAAGAGCCCGAUGAGCCAAGAGCCUGGCGAGCUAGUCACGACGACGCACAAAGACUACGACUUGGCGGACAUUAACAAGGCCAUGCGCGGCGUCUUUAUGGGCAUGCUCUUUGUCGGCUUCAUGCAUCUGUAUAUGGGCUACACCCAGCCGCUGGUGAUCCAGUCGAUCCUGCCGCUGAAGAACGCACUGGAGAGCAAGCAGGCGCAGCUGUGGGUGUGGGGAAAGCCAGCGACGGGCGAGCUGAAGCGGCCGUUCAAGGCGGCGCCAGGCCUAUUCGGCAUGCAGGGCAGCGCCGGCCCGCAGACCGACAAGGCAGCCAUCCGCGAGGCCGAGAUCGCCGGUGGCGCAGCGGCCAAGAAGGCCGAGUAGUGUCGAGUCUCCCGCGCCACCCUGCCACUGUUGCCUGCCUACCUAC